GACUCGGUGAACGGACCCUGGCUCCUCUCGGCGCCGACACGCUGCGGAGGUGGACCCCUGAAAGCCGUGGCUGUGACGGCGCUCCUGAGCGUGCUGGCGCUCCCGCUGCUGAGGGCCGUUGGACCGAGGGCCUUCUCCAUGGCGUCUGAGACGUACGCGCCGGGCACUCACUCCGCCGCCUUCGUCACCUGCCCCAACGAGGCCGUGGCUAAAGACCUGGCCAGGGCUAUCGUGGAAAAGAAGUUGGCCGCCUGCGUCAACAUCGUCCCCGCCAUCACGUCCGUAUAUGAGUGGCAGGGUAAGAUCGAGGAGGACACUGAGGUGCUGCUGAUGAUCAAAACCAGAAGCUCCAAGGUGCCCGCUCUGGCUGAAUACGUCCGGUCCAACCAUCCCUACGAGGUGGCCGAGGUCAUCAGCCUGCCCAUCGACCAGGGGAACCCGCCCUACCUCAAGUGGAUUGGACAAGUCGUCCCCGAGUGAGGACGCACAGCGGGUGACCUCAUCGGUUGCCCCCGGAGACGCAGGGAGACAACAUCCCAAAACCUGUGAUGUUCUUAAGGAGAGUUACAAGAAGAAAGUGAGCGCCGCAUUUAGUUGAUUUACACUAUGAGAAUCUAAAAGGCUUUUCUCUUCUUGGAGGCCUUUGAUUGGUUGAUAAGCGUCACCUGGUUUCUCCUCCUCCUUGUUGACCUCCAGAGGCCGGCCUCGGCCUCGGCCUCUGCAGAAUAAACCGCUGCAGCUCCUUCUCGCCACAUGCAUCUUUAAAUGGUCAGAUUGCUCAUUUCUUCUGUGAGUGAAGCACUUUGUAAUAAAUUGGAUCCAUUUUUGAUCGA